UUACUUGCUUGUCAUUAGUUUUGUAUUGACAAAAUUUUAGAAAGUCAUUGUAAUAGACGUGGUAUUUAUAUUUGAAAUAAGCUAUUUAGUAAUCAUGGACAUUAUUGUACCAGAUAAAGAUGAAUCUUUUGAAUUCAAGUUGAAAGACGCCCACAGUUCCCUUGAUGAGCUGGAUGUUGAUGAUCUUUACGUACGCUACAAGAAAUUGCAAAAAACUUUAGAAUUUUUGGAAGUACAAGAAGAGUAUAUUAAGGAUGAGCAAAGAAAUCUUAAGAAGGAAUAUCUCCACGCUCAAGAGGAGGUUAAACGGAUUCAAUCUGUACCAUUGGUUAUUGGACAGUUUUUGGAAGCGGUUGAUCAAAAUACAGGCAUAGUAGGUUCGACUACUGGGUCUAAUUAUUACGUUCGCAUUCUGUCAACUAUUGAUCGAGAAUUACUAAAACCUUCAGCAUCAGUUGCAUUGCAUAAGCACAGCAAUGCUUUAGUUGAUGUGCUUCCACCUGAAGCAGAUAGUUCAAUUUCUAUGUUACAACCUGAUGAGAAGCCAGAUGUUAAUUAUGCUGAUAUUGGUGGGAUGGAUAUGCAAAAGCAGGAAAUACGUGAAGCUGUAGAACUUCCGCUCACACACUUUGAGCUUUACAAACAGAUUGGUAUUGACCCACCAAGAGGUGUACUUAUGUACGGGCCCCCGGGUUGUGGUAAAACUAUGUUAGCGAAGGCAGUUGCACAUCAUACAACAGCAUCAUUUAUUCGAGUUGUUGGCUCCGAAUUUGUUCAAAAAUAUUUAGGAGAGGGUCCCCGUAUGGUGCGUGAUGUUUUUCGUUUAGCAAAGGAAAAUGCUCCUGCAAUAAUUUUUAUUGAUGAGAUAGAUGCAAUUGCUACAAAACGUUUUGAUGCUCAGACGGGAGCUGACCGAGAAGUACAGCGUAUACUAUUGGAAUUGCUUAAUCAAAUGGAUGGUUUUGAUCAAACUACAAAUGUAAAAGUAAUCAUGGCAACAAAUCGUGCAGAUACUUUAGAUCCAGCGCUACUACGUCCUGGUAGGCUUGAUAGAAAAAUUGAAUUUCCCUUACCAGACAGACGGCAAAAACGUUUAAUAUUUUCAACUAUUACUUCUAAAAUGAAUUUGAGUGAAGACGUUGACCUAGAAGAAUUUGUUGCUCGUCCUGAUAAAAUUUCAGGUGCUGAUAUCAAUGCCAUAUGUCAGGAAGCGGGUAUGCAUGCAGUACGUGAAAAUCGGUAUAUUGUGCUUACGAAAGAUUUUGAAAAAGGCUAUAAAAAUAAUAUUAAAAAGGAUGAACAAGAACACGAAUUUUACAAAUAAAUUUACUAAAUGCAAGUAA